AUGGACGCCGCUGCCAGAGCCAAGCGCAUGCCAGCAGAAGGGUCUCUGAUGGCUUUGAUUGACCAGGCGACUAAGAGACCGAGAGUGGACACGCCGUCCAUGCCCACGGUGGACCCUUUCACCCUCGACUUCGUCAUAAAGCGCGCCCGGGAAAUCUUCUCGGACAGCGAGGCCGACUGCGGUACCAGGACCCCGCCAAAAGAGGUACCACAAUGCUCGCCAGCAACUUCCUCGCCAGCAACUUUCUCGCCAGACACAUCCUCGCCAGCAUCGACUCCGUCACAGCAGGAGCUGAGCAGUUCGGCGGAAUAUUUCCCUGCCCAGAAAUACAUCGACCAGCUGUUCGCUCGCUCGCACCCUCUUGAAAUUGGGCCCAUCAGGAUCGCAUUUCCCUGUGGCGGCAUCGUGGAGACUGCGCCUGUCUUCGAAGCUGCUGGCCUGGUGGUCGAGAGCGUCAACACGUGCUACACCGACGUGCACCACGCAAAGUUGGUCAAGAAGCUGGUCCGCGAGCACGCAUUCUCGACAGCUCCCUGUUUCGGCCGUGUCAAAGGUAGCGUGCUCAAUAAGGAGAUCUCGGAGUUCGACGGUGCCGACAUAGUUGUUGGCAAACCACCAGUGCCUACCUGGGCCCUCUGCGCCUCUGGCGGGCGAAGCAUAACCUCGCACGACAUGCACGAGUACGCAAAAUUCUUUCAGUACAUCAUGCACACGAUCAACAGUGGCGAGCUGCACGCCGCCAUAGUUGCCCACCCCAUAGAGACAAUGACACCCCAUGGUAGGCGCGAGCCCUUCUUGCCGAAAGUGAUGGAGCUCUGCGCCAAACACGCCCCGGGGUUCCACUGGGACAUCGUGGAGCUGAAGGCGCAAGAUUACGGCUUGCCCCAACCAGACGCCAUCUCUUUCUUGCGGUGCAUGAAGAAGAACCACGCUGGGGCUAUGCCCAACGUGUUGCCCCCCAGCUGCUGCGGCCGUCUCUACGACUUCCUCGAUCCAGCCGAGGGCAACAUCAAUCGCAAGGACAUCCUUUCCCGCUGCAUGCGAGACAACCUGCUGGACUACGAGCGCCACAUCAAGUCCUUGGUCCGUGAGGAUCCCCGGAUGCGGUCUACUACCAUGGUGGCCGCAGUCAAUUUGGACCGCAAGAGCAUGAUGCUCGGCAAGGAUGGUACGCUUCGCUCGUCUCUCGAUCACAAACAUGUGUUCUUGCUUAGCACAGAUGACUUGCAUUUGCCUGGGCCACAACGUCGGGUGUUCCGAUUCAUUUCCGAUGCAGAGCGCUUGGCUUUGAAAGGCGUGAACCCAGGGUACCUUGCUAAGUACCUCCCUUCGGACUCGUUGCGCCACGCUGCUUGCUCGUACGUCCCCUCAACUGUGUAUGGCGCAGCCGCGAUGCCACUGAUCAAUGCAAUGGCGGCGAGCAAGAAGCUCUGCGCCCGGUCUCGAGAGGGCGGCACAG